GCUAUAUAUCAUUCUCCCAAACUUAAAAGUUUAUUCACUUCUUUCACUUGAGAUAUAAUCCUUCAAGAUGAAGCUUUGUUUUGCAACUCUGCUUGUGGUGACACUUGUUCUUACUUCUUCCUUUAUUCAAACAACUAUGGCUGGUUCAGAUUUCUGUGAUUCAAAGUGCAAGAUUAGGUGUUCAAAGGCAGGACGACAGGACAGAUGUUUGAAGUAUUGUGGGAUAUGUUGUAAGGAGUGCCAAUGCGUUCCUUCUGGGACUUAUGGGAACAAAGACGAGUGCCCUUGCUACAGGGACAAAAAGAACUCUAAGGGACAGCCUAAAUGCCCUUGAAAUUUACUUUACUCUUUCCAUUAUAUUCUUAUGUUCCAAACAAGAUAUAGAGGCAUAUAGCCUUAAUUGAAUCCUUCAUAUGGUUUAUCUGAUGUAUGUUAGUAAAGAAAUAAGUACACAAGUGAACAAAUGGUUUCUUUUGUAUACUUAUUUUAUUUUAUUUUAUUCAUAUUUGAAUUAAAUCUACCAAG